UUUAAAGCAUCCUAGAGAGCUGGAGACGAACCCACCAGUUUCUGGAUCAGCACUCGAGCAUCUGCUUGAGCUAUUUAGCCCAAUUACUGAUCAAGCAUAAUGGUAAGAGAGUCAUAGCGGUGAGCAGUUUUGUGUAAGGCUUCUUGGAGCACCGAUAUUGACGAGGGAAGUUUGCAAUUGUGGCACCAAAAAAUGGACAUUAUCUACUUUGCCAUCCCAUUAAUCAGAAUUUACAUGACAAUAAUAACCUCCAUGUUCCUUUAUGAGCAUCGGAGUGAUAAGAAACAAAACCUGGGCAUGAAUGCAGAUCAAAUUUUGACUGUCACACCAUUUCAGGUUACUGAAAAUCCUAAAAAUUGUUCCAGAAUGUCGACAUUAUCAGACUCUAAUACCUGUGGAUGCUUCUAUACCAAGUCAGUCUCUAAUAGGGGUACUCUUGACCUUGCUAAUUAUUUUGGAGGGCAGAACAACUACAAAGAUUAAGAGGAGGUGUCAACCAUAGCUACAGCUCAACUA